GCCUCGAUAACAUGUCGCCUCCGGAACCGAAGAAGCGGCGAUGUCGCCUUUCACUGCGGGACCGAAGGCCUCGCAUCUCGGACGGGGCCGGAAAGGAAUUAGCAGCCGGUCGACCGGGUACAGAUGACGUCGCGGCGCCGUCCUGCCUCUUGAACAAGUUGUCGCGGCGAUACCGACAGAGAAAGGCCGGAGGCGAUAGCGCGGAUGCCGGGGCCGGUGUUGGUGCAGCCCUCGGUAACGGAACCGAUGCUGCAAGCAGGGAGGCAGCGGCCUCUGUUUCCCCCGCGACCGGGGAGGCAGCGGCCUCUGUUUCCCCCGCGACCGGGGAGGCAGCAACCUCUGUUUCCCCCGCGACCGGGGAGGCAACGGCCUCCGUUUCCCCCGCCACCUUGGAGGCAGCAGCCUCCGUUUCCCCCGCGACCGGGGAGGCAACCGCUGCCGGAGGCGAGUGGCGGGAUGCGGCCGCCCCGCCUUACUACCUGGCAAACUUUCUGAUGGUGCUGGACGCGGUGCUGCUGAGCCCGGACGCCGAACUGUUGAACGAGGAGGACAAACACUGGAUCCGGAUGUUCCGGGGGCUCUCGGGUGCUGCCCAGAAACUCUAUGUGAGGCUUUUCCAACGGAAGCUGAAUUGGCUGAGGGUGAAACGACUGGAAUAUGUUGAGAUUGGCCUGGAUCUGGUGCCUAUCAUCAACGAACUGGCCCUCGCUGGCUUGGUUCAGACGGAUGCUGACCUGAACAAUGUCUGUGACGCCCUGAGCCUGCUCUCAGCCCCUGAGCUCAAACUGUUGGCUAAGCACUUCCAUUUACCAACGCAGACUCAGAAGUCGGAGGUCCUCAGGUCAUUGCUACAACUGGCCAAGCAACAGUCGAUCUUCAGCCUGAGCCAGACCCUUGGCCCUUCCAUCCUGAGCAGGGUGAAGGAGAUGGUCGGACAGUGUUUGAGAGUAACUGUGGUUGCUCGUGCUGUGUUUUCACGGCUAUUGCUACUUUUCUCUCUGACGGAGCCAACAGAUGAUGAAGAUGCAGCCUGUGGUGGUCAGAACCAACUGUCCACAGUCCUCAUGGUCAAUAUGGGACGAGUCACCUUCCCCAGCUAUACUGUCUGCAGGGAGGCGAGAAUCUUUCAGCACAGAGAGGAUUUGCUCCGGUAUGAUGUGGCCUGUCAUGCACUGGCUGAGGUGGGAACAGCAAUGGCCAACAAGGCCUGGAGAGAGGCUCUGGAGACUUAUAAAGCUGCCAAAAAGACAUGGACUGAUUUGGAGAAGAGCAGUGACAUCAGAUUCUGUCGAGAGCUGCCGGUCUUCCUGCGAUGUUUCACUACAGGCUGGGUCUACGCGAGAAUUCGCUUCAGAGGGGUUGAAAUUCUACAGCGGCUUGAUAUGUACAAAGAGGCAGUGGAGGAAUUGAAGAGCCUUCUGGACCAGGACAUCUUCUGUCCGGAGAGUCGUGGCUGCUGGUGGGAUCGACUGACUGUGAAUCUGCUGCAGCACCUCAAACAGACUGACCAGGCAAUCCGUUGCCUGCGCGAAGGUCUGGCUGAUGCAUAUGUACACACAGGACAUCGGCUGGCUCUGCAGCAGCGAGUGCUGCGGAUACGUGACUCUCCAGGCUGCAGAAAAUGGCACCACCUUCUUCAGGACUUGCCUGUGAUAGAUAUGGAACAAGUGCCGCAUGUGACGAUAAAGGGCCGGACUUGCCCAGGGAUGGGUAAUGCCAUGUUUCUGCUGGAGGAGCAAGCUGAUUCCACAGUCAUCUGUUCUGUGGAGGCAGUCUCACUGGCCUACUACCGACAGCAGGGCUUUGAUCAGGGGAUCCAUGGUGAAGGAGCUACAUUUUUAACCCUAUUUGGACUUCUCUUCUGGGAAAUCAUCUUUCUGCCUGGAAUCCCUGAUGUUUUCCGAAGUCCGUUCCAGACCUGUCCUCUGGAUCUGUACACAGACUGCUUCUAUCGGCAACGGAGAGAACCCAUUGAAUUGAGGCUCAGCUUCCUGCAAGAUGCCUCCACGGAGACCUUGCACACACUCAUCGCUGAUGUGUGGAACAGUCACAAAGAUACAACUAAUGCAUUAGUUAACUGGGAAGUCUUCAGUUCUCUUCAGCAGGCCCAGAGCCUCGUGAGCUGCCUGGGUGGUCUGUUCCUGAGUGGCAUUUGUAAGAUUCUGGCUGUGGACCUGAGGCACUGCCGUGGGGGUCUUCCUGAUCUGGUGGUUUGGAACAGCCGGAGCCUGCGGUACAAGCUGGCAGAAGUGAAGGGACCGAAUGACCGCCUCUCCCACAAGCAGAUCGUCUGGCUGGAUCGGCUGCGGAAACUCGGGGCUGAUGUUGAAGUCUGCCAUGUUAGUGCUGUUGGAGCACGUGGAAAACAGCUCAGCUGAACUUUGUGCAAGUCUGACCUGUCUGUGAUUUUCUGUCGCCACACUUCAACAGAUGUCUGAUGAACAUUUGAAAAAGCUUCCAGGGCUUUUCAAGCUGAUGUACAGGAACUGCUCUGUAGAGUGAGGGUCAAGUAUCAGAUUGGUUCAGCUGCUCAGAGCUGUACUUUCUAUGAAUGUUACUCCACAGUUAAAGUGAAGGACAGGCUGCCUGAGACAGCUCAGGGCUUGAGUGAGGAUUUGGUGCCUACAGGCUCCACUGCAGCCUGGAGGAGAUGGUCCACUUUCUGAUCAAUGAAUGGAAACCUACAGCUUUACAAAAUGCUUCGAGGUGAAAACAGAAUUUGUCCUGGUUACCAACCAGGUUAGUCCCAUUCAUUCAUUCAGUUGGCUGUAGCACUCAAUAAAACUUGUAAAUGUUUAAAUAAAAAUUAACAGCAGUUACAUAACCUAAAAGCUUAUACAGCUCAAUUUUGUUGAUCUUUUGUAAAAGAAAAUCUAGGAUAUUACUAGAUCAUAAGACCAUAAGAUAAAGGAGCAGAAGUUGGCCAUUCGACCCAUUGUGUCUGCUUUGCCAUUUUAUCAUGAGCUGAAAUCCUCCUAUACAUACUCACCUUCACCAUGUAGACACUGCAGGGGUAAAAAGACUAAUGGGAGUUAAUGUACAGACCUCCAAACAGUCAGUAGAUGCGUGCUGCGAGUUGCAAUGUGAGAGAGAGGUGUGGAAAAAGAGCAUUGUUACAAUAGUCAUGGGGGAGGAGAGUCGAAGACCAGAGGAGACAGCCUCAAAAUAGAGGAGCAUCCAUAGAGGAACUGAGAUGAGGAGGAAUUUCUUUAGCCAGAGAGUGGUGAAUCUGUGGUGUUAUGAACCCACAGGUUUCAUUUACUGUGGACUGUCACUUUAAAAGAGCACUUCAGUGAGGCGGGACUAUGAUGUUCACUGACUGACUCACAGCUUGUUUACCUUUAAAACAAUGACACAGACAGUCACAGUCAGAAGUCAAGAGAGAGAAGAAAAAAAACGAACUUGGAAAAGAGUAGCAGCUCCAGCUUGUUGAAGCUGGGGUUUUGGAACUCUGCUAUACCCACAAGGGUGGGUUGAUUAUCGAUCCAGUGCACAUCAAAUGUGUGGCUGUCACUGCAUAUAAUCCAUAGGAGUGGAUUAAGGAAUGUCCUGUGGGACCACUCGAAGUUAACCCUUGCCUGGGUAUGUUAUGUGAUAACCCCUUUGAAGACGACAUCCCUGUGACAGAUCACUCUGCUGGUAAUUCGUAUGUGGAUUUGAUGGAGGAUCUUCAACAGCUGAUAUUUAUUAAUUAGCAUCGUGGAAACUGUGGAAUUCGAUGUAAUUGCUUUCUGUCUACAUUUCACCCUGGAUUACAAAUAUCUCUCUCCCAUUGUUCCUUCCGUGGAUGAAAUGAACCAUCUCAAGACUCUAAACUUCGUUUCCCCAAGCUUAACUUAGUUUGGGAGCUAUAUUAUACACUUAACACUGUUAACAUUUGUUUAUCUUGGUUAAGUUACGAUAUGAUAAGUAGGUACUAAU